CCGGAACUCGAUCCUCAUAAAUCACGUUGCCUAGCCUCAUCUCUUGUCGACGGCAAUCCCAUUUGCGUACGCAUGGAUAAGCUGAACCGUGAGUUCAGUAGAGGCUUCCUGCUUACUAUGGAUAAUGGGUGUGAACUCAUCGCAAAGAUACCAUGCGCACAUACAGAACAAGCCUUCCUCGCGUCUGAGGUAGCGACUUCCAAAUACCUACGCCAAUAUACAUCCCUUCCCAUCCCGAAUGUCCUCGCCUGGAACCCAGAUAAAACAAAUGAGAUUGGUUCGGAAUAUUUGAUCGUAGAGAAGAUUUAUGGGGUUGCUCUAAAAGACUUAUGGGAAAAUCUCAGUUCCCUGGAUCGCUACAGUAUCAUCGAGAAGAUUGUCGCAAUGGAGACUGAGCUUGCAAAUCUGGAUUUCUCAGCAUACGGUGCUCUCUACUUGCGGGGUUCGGUACCUGAUCAACCGAAGUAUUAUCCGCUGGCCUCUGAACGCGACUGUGGUGAAUCUUUUUGCGUCGGAGCAUUAUAUAAAUUGUCACAAAUUGAUGACAACACGGAAUCGUCUGGAGAGUUGACGUCUUAUGGACCUUGUCAGUCUAUUUUCCAUAUCCACGUUAUUCUUUUGUAUUCGUUAUUGGCUAUCAAACCUAGCGUCGAAAACAAGUUCCAAGCUAUGACUCAAGUUGAUUUCGACCCUAUCAAUGAAACUAGAGCUCUGCUAGAAAAGGCCUCAAUUUUAAUAUCUAUUUUGACCUCAGACAAUCGUGUCCAGAGAGUCUCGAAGCCAUCUCUAUAGCAUAGUGGUUUACCUCUUGACAAUAUCCUGGUUUCUACGACACAGCCUACACAUAUUCUUGGAAUUAUCGGUUGGCAGUCUUCUAAAAUACUUCCUUUAUUUCUACAAGCACAGUUCCCCAAAUUUCUUGCAACUCCCAGGUCUCAUAAAUUUGGGGAUCCUAUGCCUAGUCUCUCUGGUUUUUCUGAACUCAAUCCCGAACAGAAGCAAAGAGUACUUCAGAACCAAGACGCAGCUGCCCGUGCCAGAUAUUAUGAAAUGUGUAUAUCUGAGUACAAUAACCCAGUUUAUGAGACAUUGAAUCUUGAUCCAAAACUGACUGAAUCGUAUCGGUACCAUGAUUUAUCCACAGAGAGUGAUAUACUAGGCCUAUACAACUACCUUAUCUCUGUCUCGGCAGAAUGGGAUAGUUUAGGACUAUCGGGUGAUUGUCCAUUUCAAUUCACCUCGGAGCAGCUAGUGCAGUUUCAGAACCAGCAAGCUCAGCACAGCGAU